AUGGGCCUUAUGAACGGUGUACACACACCCUGUCCGCACGACAACCAAAUCGUACUGUCCAGUGGUAAAAAGUACACCGUCCCUGGAGGCAGCUCAACGUAUGGGGUUGCACAGGAAAGAUGCAGACGACAAGGCGGCAUCGUUGCGAUUCCAAGGGACGAAGAGGAACAACAGAACCUGGUGUUCCUAAAGAACUGCGUCAGCAGGGACGCUCAGUUUUGGCUUGGUAUGAGGAAGACAGAGGGUGUAUGGAGAGACGACAGGGGCACUGCACUGGGCAGUUUUACGAAAUGGGCGUCCGAGGAGCCACACGGAUCCAACUGUGCGCACAUCGUCUUCGGGAAUAAAGUGGGGGAACGACGAGACAAGUGGGCAGACUCAAACUGCCUCGCACAAUACCGCUACGUCUGCGAAAUACAGGAUGGUUGUCCAAUAUCAGACUACGUUCCCUUUAACGGAGUUUGCUACAAGAGCUUUGUGGAAAAGAAAACGCGUGACGAGGCUAAGCAGACGUGUGCGGCAGACGGAGGGAUUUUAGCCAUGCCGAAGGACAGUGCCACCAAUACUUUUCUCGCUAAUCUAGAAGAAGUAGUAUGGGGUCGCUGGUUAGGGCUGAUUGACAUAAACAGCGAUCAACGGUGGGCAUUUGAGGACGGCCAUGUCCUGACGUCAGCUGACUACUCCAACUGGCUCCCCGGUCAACCAGAUAACGGCCAGGGCGGCUGUGUCGGAUUUUGGCUGAAUGGAUCUUCAUGGGAUGAAAAAGACUGCAACAAGCUCAAGGGAUUCAUAUGUCAGAUAAAUAAAAGACCUAAGAAGUGGCGCAAUGACUGGCGUUGCGGGCAGGGCUACCCUGCCGCAGACGGUAACCCUGCUGAAUGCAACCCGGCAGGUAAUAGCCCAUGCUGCUCCCCGCACAAAUGGUGCGGCAAGACUGCGGCCCACUGUGACUGUCGGGACUGUGUCGACUACAGAAACAAAGGAUCCGGAUGCCCUAUUGGCUACUCGUACCUCGCACAUACCCGCCUGUGUUACCGUGCCUACGUUAGAUACAAUACCUACGAUGAGGCUUUAGCGAUCUGCCAAGCCGACGGCGGCACGCUGGCCAUGCCACGCGACAACAUGACCAACAACUUUCUCGUCGAGUUGAAGAACGCCGCAAACGAAAAAAUAUUGUUUUAUUUUGGACUUGACCGUAGGGAUGGCUUGUGGAGGUACGUAGAUGGCGGAGAGCUGAAUUACACCGACUGGGGUGAUGGAGAGCCGAAUAAUUGGCUUGGAAUUGAGGAAUGCGCAGAGUACUUCGCUGCAACCUGGAGACUUCCACGCAAGAGAAAUAAGUGGAACGACGGGGAUUGUUUAUCAAGGAAGGGUUUCAUAUGUGAAGCUGCUAUCUGCUGUGACAGCCCCGAAUUCAUGAACAGCCGGAUCACCGCUACCGACGGCUACUGUCAUGGCGACACCAUUCAGUUCUCUUGUAACCCUGGGUACGAGCUCGUCGGCAACUCCUCGGCCACCUGUAGAGAGGACAGAAGUUGGGACCGAGAGAUUCCGACUUGCCGACCCUGUACGCCCGGAGAGUUCGGACCCGACUGUACCGGCACCUGUCACUGUGCGAGUGGAGGUUCCGUGUGUGACGUCAUGACUGGAGUCUGCUCUAGUGGAAGUUGUGAAUCUGGGUGGAAGGGAAGCAACUGCCAGACAGUGUGCUCGCCCGUAGAGUUUGGACCCGACUGCAACGGCACCUGUCACUGUGCGAGUGUAGCUUCCGUGUGUGACGUCCGGACUGGAGUAUGCUCUAGUGGAGGGUGUGAGGCUGGGUGGAAGGGAAAUAAUUGUCAGACAGCUGAAACAUUAGGACUGUCCACUCCACACUCGGCGUUGAUUGCUGUAGUACCGUCUGUAGCAGUACUAGUGCUGGUUGUGGUAGCAGCGAUCCUGGGCUACCGAUGGAACCGUCUGAGAAACAGUCAAAACGACGAAGAACUUGAAGAAUUGACAGAGAUUACUUUUCAUUCCGAUCUGCUAGAAUCAGCUACCGAUCUGCAGACACUACCACUUGCUCCCCCUGUGCCACCUCGGCCCUCGUUCCUUACGUACGAGGUGAACCGGGCUGAUAUACAGCUGAAUGAACAAAUCGGCAGAGGCGCCUUCGGUACCGCCUUCCUUGCAUCUUUCAGGAGAGUUGUUGAUGGUCUUCCUACUGAACAAACAGUAGUGGUCAAAACUGACCAUGAAGACGCUGGGGAAGGGGAGAUAAAAGCUUUCAUAGCAGAGGUGGAUACCACUAUCAACUUGAGGCAGCAUAUUAACCUCCUUGGUCUAGUGGGCUGUUGUACCCUAUCACACCCUCCAUACCUAGUGACAGAGUACAUGCCCUACGGAGACCUCAAGGGCUUCCUACUGAAGUGCAGAAAGUUGGAAGAGAGGCUCCGAGAUAGCAUGUAUGACUUCAACGAGAUGAAAAUCUACCAGGUAGCACGACAGAUAGCUAAUGGAAUGAUCUACAUUUCCGAAUCCGGAUACGUGCAUGGUGAUCUGGCUGCUCGGAACAUCCUGGUGGGUGAGAGACUGGUGGUGAAGAUUGCAGAUUUCGGCCUGACAACAGAUAUCUACGAGCGAGGCUACCAGCGGCAGGAUGCGGAGCAGAAGAUUCCCCUGAGGUGGAUAGCGCCGGAAAGGUUGCUAAGGGAGGGACGCUACACAAGUAAGAGUGACGUUUGGUCCUUUGGAGUGGUGUUGUACGAGAUCGCUACGCUGGGGAACGUUCCGUACCCAGGCCUAGGCCGCACCCUCCUGGAGGAACUCCGCACAGGGUACCGGGAACCACGCCCUCCCGGCCUCCAACAAGACUUGUAUGACAUGAUGCUGCGGUGCUGGCAGUGGGACGAAGAUGAUCGCCCGGAGUUUACGGAACUUUACGAGGAGCUAGACGCUGUUGUAGAUUCAUUGGCAAUUGAUUAUGCCAAGGCAAAACCCUGAUGCAGCUACCAGGAUCCAGCAGCAGCAGCUCCUGAAAGCUCUUACGACAUCCCAAAGUUAGCCUCAAUGAGGCUGCAACUCAAUGUUACUGCAGACGUAGACAAGAUCAAAUUGGGAGUGGUAAUUAGUGAUAAACAUGAGUACAGUUUUACAUAGUUUCCUGAGUCAACAUAUGUGUAGAAUAGUGAUACCACAACUGUAUAUGAGGACGGCUCUGUUGAUCACAAUGAUGCUGAAGAUGAAAAGCCUCUUACAACAGAGGAACUUGUGUAAUGUGGUUAAUUAAGUUGUCCUCAAGCCAAAGAGAACCUUCUCUGAGCCCAGCAAAAUGCAAAUUAGUAUGAUAUGUCAUUAUCUAUAGUUGAAAUAUAAAUACAUCUAAGUAUAUAUCUCUAUAUGAAGAUCUCUCUCCCCCUCUGUCUCUCUCGAAUGCCAAUGUGAUUGUCUGUCAAUAAAGCAAAUAAGUGUGCUAAAUGCUAUAA